UUGAAUGCUCUCCCCAGUUGGUUUUGUUGAUAUUAAUUAUGGUUCUAAUUUUCCUGCAUAAUCAUUUUGCUGGAUUCACAUCUCCUACAUCAAUUCAAGCACAAACAUGGCCCAUUGCACUACAAAAUUGGGAUAUUGUAGCGAUUGCCAAGACAGGAUCUAGCAAAAUGAUGGGUUAUCUUAUGCCUGCAUUUAUCCAGCUUUCCCAACGACGCAAUAAUCCCCAGAAUGGGCCAACUGUAUUAGUCUUAGCUCCAACGCGUGAGCUUGCAACACAAAUACAUGAUGAAGCACUAAAAUUUGGACGAUCAUCAAGGGUUUCUUGCACAUGCUUGUAUGGCGGUGCUCCUAAGGGUCCACAGUUAAAAGAGCUGGAGCGAGGAGCAGACAUUGUUGUGGCAACUCCAGGUCGGCUCAAUGACAUCCUUGAUAUGAAGAGGAUCAAUUUUCGACAAGUUUCUCUUCUUGUGCUUGAUGAGGCUGAUUGA